UGGGUGGGGGAGGUUCUUUCUUUUCCUCUGAGCUAGUAUGCUAUAAACAUGUUUUUUCAUGUGUUUCAAUGUAUGUGUGUUACGUCCAGGCCAGCCACAACCUAUUCAAUCCUGUGAUGGUGGUCAGAAGACUGAGGACCCUAGCAAAGGUGGCAGUGAAGUGGUGCUCGGAGGUCAAUUGGGAGUAGUCCCCACUGAAACAAACAAGACUGAGAAUGAAAUAGCCAAAAAUAAGCUGUCAGAGGAGCUGGAGCAAGAGGCCAGCCAUUCCUCUACUCCACAAAAGGACUUUGAGAAGGGUUUAGAUAGUGGAGUGGUGAGUGGCUCUGCAGACCUCAGCUCAAUGGAGGUUAGGAGUUCCCUGGAACUCAGCUCAGUGGAGGUGGAAAAGGGUCGGGACAGUGAUGAUGACUCAACUUGUGUGGUUGAGAAAGGUUCUCAAGUACCAGUGGAUACAGAAGACAACUCACCCUGUGUUCCACACGCAAUUACCCCUGGCACACAACCAACAGCUCAGUCUGCUGGUGAUGACAGAGGUGAGAUGGUGACUGCAGUUGAGGAAAAGACGACAAUCCCUGGUGAACGUAAAACGGAGGAUAUCAGGGGACCCAUGCUGCCCAACAAGCAGUCAAGAGUUCAACAACAUCCUACACCAGAGGUUCCGCCUUUUAAAGCUCUGCAGGAAAAGAGUGUCAACAGUGAUUCUGACUGUGAUGAUGGGAAAAUGACUAGUGUACAGGGGGCAGAACACCAUUCUCCUGAGUUCAUUUCUCCUCAGAAUGUUUCUAACACAGCCAAAGCUAAAGAUGGUGACCAACCUGGGGUAGGAAGUCUUCGACCUGUAAAGACAAGGGCUGAUGAGAAGUACCCAAAUGAAGGUAUAUACAUCUUCUUGCUCUGCUAUACUUAUUGAUCUCAAGUCCUUCCAUCCCAAUCUCCUCCAGAGAAUAAAUGAAGAUAUUACCCUGUAUAAUAUUUGAUACGUCAGUAGGAUAGCUUUGUAUUUUUGUAUAUGUCGUCUCCCCCGCUCGAUCAUAAUUAACUAUGAUAAUGAUUAUUUUGUACGUCAUCUAGCAAUUUUACACUGUAACUUAUUUAGUUCAUGUCAGGGUGUUACCAAUACUUUAUUAUCAGUGAACAAAACUUUGACAAUGCGCACGAGCGAACAACUCCCGU